AUGUAUCGUUACCCACGUUACGUCAAUGGCCUCUCUGUGGCAUCCGUUGUGGUGGCGCGACGCCACUUCUUCGGCGGCGGCAAGGCGGCUGACAAUAACAACAACAAGGAAAAGGGGAGCAGCAGUGGUAACGACAACGGAGUGCGUGGGAUCUUCGGCGGCGGCGGCGGCGGGGCAGGCGGUAUGCCGCCUGGCUUUGAUGCGGAGAAGCUGCGGGCGAUGCAAGAGCUGAUCAGCAGCCAGCCGCCCGAGAAGCAGAUGGAGAUGAUGAAGAAGGCGCUGGAGUUUCAGAAGACGAUUGGCAAGAUCCCGGGGAUUGGCAAACUUGCACAGAAAAACAUUGAGGUGAUGGAGCACCUGGUGAAAAAUGUGCAACAACAGCAACAGGAAACAACAAAGCCGGUCACCUCUGGAAGCUCGGAGGGCCCAAUGAGUGGGAAGAAGACCACGUUUGACAACUUCUUCCCGGCACAGAGCGCCGCCGCUGGAAGUAGCUCUGGCCCCACCAUUGACGAGCUGAAGAAGAUCAACUUGGGCUCAGAGAUCGAGGCCCUCUUCGCCGAGCUCAAGGUGAUGCGGGCGAAGAAGAACUCGUAUCGUGACAAACUCUUCGCUAGAGAAGAGGAGCUGGAGAAGGCGCACAAAGAGCUUGCGCAGAUACGGGAGACAGAUGCCAGUCUGCGGGCGAAGUUGCGGAAGGUGGAGCAGGAGGUGAUGCUGAUCAACUCCGAGAACAUGGAGCUCAGGGAGCACGAGAUGGAGUGGCGACAGGUGCGGCAGAAGAACAAGGAGCUCACCACAGCCGUGGAGAGGAUGCAGCACAGCGACGCCGCGCACGACAGGCAACGCAGUGAUGUGCUACAGGCGCAGUUGCGGGAAAAGGAGGAUGCACUACGCUCCCUGCAGCGAAAACUUGAGCGUCUGCGCCGGCGUGACGCGCUGCUGCAGUUUUCACGUCUCUGCAGCGAUGUGGCGCGGCUCUGCGACGCGUCGCGCGAUGUCGCAAAGGACGCCUCCGACGAAGCGUUCGCCGCGCUGCAGAAUGUCUACGAGGAGGAGCAGGAGCGCGCGUGGGCGGCAGCGGCGGGGCGGGACGGCGCUGCCGCACAUGCCUACGUUGCGGUUGUGCGGCGCUUCUUGUUGAGCCGCGUUCCACACGCCAACUACGACGCGCUCGUUGCUGUUGAGGGCGAUGUGGAGGCGCUGCGAGGGGUGGCCGCCGGCAUGGGCUUCACGCUGCACCACAUGUCCAAUGAGCGAUAUAUCAUCAGUGCGCCGGCCAUGGUGCCUGCCCCACCGGCGUUUCUGGGCCCGUACGGCAUCAGUGUGGGGCUGUACCUGGCCGGAAAGACGGCAACGGCAGCAGUUGGAGCGGAGCAGGAGGCACUCCCGUUUAGGCUUACCGCAGUGUUUCCCAACGUAAGUUUGACGCUCUUCAGCAACCCGAAGCGGGUCUCAGUGCACUUCGACACGGCGCGCUCAAGCGGCCCAGGUGGGCAGGCUGCGAAUGUCACGGAGACACAGAUCACGGCAAAGCUAUCGAUUGACGGCGAGACAGCGUAUGUGGCGGAGGCGCAGGACUCGCGCAGCGCUCUCAGCAACCGAGAGACGGCCAUGGAGAAGUUGGAAAAGGCGCGCCGGCAACAAUUUAACGAGCAGCUGGCGAAGCAGCAGCGUGUGGAGGGUGUUGAGCAGGAGCUGGUGCGCGUUAUCCGAGAGCAGAACGCUGCCAGUAGCAACAACAGUGAUGGUGGUAGCGGCGGCGGCGGCGGCACUAUUGUUGACGUGGCACCUGCCGCGGUGGUGGAGGUAGUCCGUGACGCGGUGGCGAAGGGCCACAUGUCGCGUGUGGAGUUGGCGCUUGUGUAUGGCAUGCGGCAUCUGAGCCACGCAGCAGCUGCAACCAGGCAGUCUGCACCAACACAGUAA